AUGGAAACCUAUCGUAAUGCCCCCUCCCCCCACUCGCUGCCUAUGUCUCUCUCCCUCCCACCCUCCCUCUCUCCAUCCACACCAAAGCUCUUUCGGUUACUUUGCGCAUGUACGGCCAGUCAAAGCGAGCAUUGCAUCGACUCCAAGAUGGCGAAAACACGUCUGGCUUGUCUCCUGACUCUCCUCUCAACUCACUGCUACUUCAGCGUAUUAGCAGUCGUGCUGAAAACCAGCAACGUAGCACCGUGGACCGAUGAGUUUGACAGAAUCGAGUUAUCUUGUUUGAUUGAGUCCAUUUCUACAUCCAACCCCAGGAUCGAAUGGAAGAAAAUAACGAACGAGGGACCAAGUUAUGUGUACUUUGACAAGAAAAUCUCCGGCGACCUGGAGAACCGAGCGAUGAUCAGAGAACCCGCCACGCUGCUCAUCACCAACGCCACCAGGUCGGACACGGCCAAAUACCGCUGUGAGGUCACCGCUGCGGAUGACCAGAGGUCCUUCGAUGAGAUCGUGAUCGACCUUGUUGUACGAGUAAAACCCGUGAUGCCAAAAUGCAGCGUCCCAAAGUCAGUGCCUUUUGGGAAGUCUGCUGAGCUGAGCUGUGUGGAGGAGGAGGGCUUCCCCAAGUCUCAGUAUCAGUGGUUCAAGAACAAGGAGGAGGUACCCGACGACCACAAGACCAGCCUCAAGUUCUUCAACUCCUCGUACACGCUGGACGCAGACUCAGGAACUCUGCAAUUCAUCACGGUCAGAAAAGAAGACGCAGGCGAGUACUUCUGUCGAGCGAAGAACGAUGCGGGAUACGCUGAGUGUCCGCCGCAGCAGAUGGAAGUCUAUGACAUUGAUGUUUUGGGCAUUUUAAUGGGCGUGCUGGUGGUGGUCAUCGUGCUCAUGAGUAUAACAGCGGGGAUCUGCUGUGCAUACAAGCGAGGAUACUUCUCCACCCAGAAACAGACGGGGAACAACUACAAGGUUCCAGCUAAAGGAGACGGAGUGGACUACGUAAGGACGGAGGACGAGGGGGAUUUCCGACACAAGUCUUCAUUUGUGAUCUGAAGAGAGGCUGACGAGGCUGUGCUGAGGGACGGAGGACGCCCCCCCCCCCCCACUGUGAGACACGGACAGACCCCUCCUCCACUCCCAGCUCUCAGCACAACGGAAACACAAAUACUCAAGUUUGCCAAAGGUGACGAGACUUCACAGGACGACAAUACUGUUACACACGUAGGACUGAGAUUCAUUUGUCAUCACCACCAACUGAAUUGUUUUGCUAAAUAAUGGAGUUGUUACUUUACAGUGACUGCAUGGUUUUAAACACCGAGCGAGGUGGACAAACAUUUCUGUGUUCUGCCGGGUAGAAAGAAUCCAAAUUCAUGAAACCUUUCUAUUUAUGCUUCAAAACUUUUGUCAUUUGUAUAACAUUUCUUUUCUACUGUUGAAUUUUGUCAGACUAUUUUUGAUGGAAUAUAUUUUAAAAUGCCUAUAGACAAAGGUUUACUUUUAUAAAUAUUUGUAAAAUACUAACACGUGGUGUUUUUUUGUUUUUUUUGAUUGUGGAUAUAAUUAUGUUAACCACUUUGCAUCAAGCUGUAAGCAUUUACACCUUUGCAAAUGGAAGAAAGAAAUGACUUGUGUCAGCAUAUCGAAAAGUGGUCAUUGAUCGGCGGUCUUACAUAUUUAAUUUCUCCGCCGGGAACGCCCAUGUUGAUGUUUGUAGAUAGUCUUAGUAAGAGGCUUUGAAGAGUGCCAGUCAAACGCUGUGAACACUGCACACAAUCAGUGCUGCAUUCUCUUGUUUUAAGUGUCCUUCUAUGCUUGCUGUUAAUCUUGUAUAUAUUGAAUUUACUGUCCAUGAAAGAGUUUUGCUUACAUUCAGUAUUACGCUAUAAUAAUAAUAAUAUUAAUCAUAAUAAUGCAGGUUUUGUAAGCCAGCCCUCCAGACUCCAAAAAACUAAAACUAGACUUGGUACUUAAACAGUAUACAGUGUAAAAGCCUCCAUUUGAUUUCUGAAUAGAAACACAUGGAUACGGAGAACACAAAACGUUCUGACUCGCCUAUUCUUGAGCUGCAAAGGUACCAAGAACAUGAGAGAAAACACUCACACUACAUAAAAAACCAUAGAGUGGUGCAGGAGCAAGUAUUUUUGUUGGUUUUACCAAUAAGUUAGCAUCGCAAGGGUUACCCAAUAAAAAAACAACAUGACUUUUCCAUUUGAUUUUGGAAUAUUGCAGAAAAUAAGCUCUGUGGCAAACACACCUUUUAUGAUGCUUACAUGUUGUGUUCAGGAUAAUCUCUCUGUCUAUCCUCGAAGAAUAAUAGUCCCAGUGAUCCGAACUGCUGCUGGAAAGUUAGAAAAAUAGAAAAAAUCAGGAGAAAAAAGUAAAGUAGCAGAGGCAAGAGCGAGCAGAGGAGUGUCUGCACUGUAAGAAGGCAGACCGUUGGUGGCAACACUUCACAUCUCCACUUUAGCUAAGCUAAAGGCGGCUAAUGUUCGGUGUGAUGCUGUUAGUAGUAUUUAGUAAUGUAAGUGAAGUAGUUAAAUUGUGUUAACCACAGACCUUACCAAAAACACAUUAAAAAAACUUUAACUUUGUGAAAACAGAACCAAAAGUAGUACAAUGCUAACUCAUUUCCGGGUUUUAGGACUCAUUCCUGCACCACUCUGAGAUGAAGCACAUUAAACACACGAUCUUUGACCUGAAUCCUGGUUGAUAUUGAUCUGUUCUGAUCUACGUUGCUGAUAUUUGUGCUGUUUAGAGAGUAGACCUUAUCUAACACUUCUAACCUUUAGUUAGUUGCUAAGAGAGAUCAUCUUAGGUUUGACUGAAGCUCAUAUUGUAUUUACAGUUAUAUACAGAGGGGGGGGGGGGGGGGUCUGGAGGGUUUACACUUGUACUGAUUGUAUAUAGAUAUUUGUACGUUUUUUUCCUCUUUCUCUCCAGAUUAUGUUAAGUGGUGAAAAAAUGUCCUUUUUGAGGCGAUAUGAAAACUCUUUCCAUUUGUAAGACUGAGAAAAGGUAACAUUUCACACAAUCACUCAUAAGUCAUGAACAAGAGCUUCACCAGAACCGAAUCAGAUCAAACAAACACAUGAUAUUGUUCAUGUCAUUUCCAUACAGCUCCUAUGGAUCUCUUGUUCAGCCGUUAUGAAUGUUUGAGUAGUGAAAUGUGACCUGAGUAUCAGUCAUGGUAGAGACGAUCUGCCCAACGUUUGCACACGGGAAGAAGAAACACUGCUGUCUUUUUCCAAGUUGCAAAAGAAAAUGUUUCGAAAUGACUUAUUAUCCCGAUUAGGUUCCCAGCUGAAUCUGUUCCUGGUACUUUUCCCCUCCUCAGUUUUACAAAAGUCAUUCCUCUUAAGUGCCUUCUGCCUUCACAGUAGUCCAGUUUCUCCUCGCCACGCUCUUCCACUCCACACUGCUGUCAGAGGCUUUGCGUGUUGCGUUCACGUAACCACCAAAAAAAUGGCGUUUGAGAGGAAUGAUGACAUGGCAAAAUCUCCACUCCCCUACUUUAGAUUUGCAAAUUGUAAAUAGCUUUUUUUCAUAGAGUUGAAGGUGUUGUAGAAAUAGAAUUGUAUUAGUGCCUAAAUAUAGUGGGAAUUAUUUUUGGUAAAGACACAUAGCACUAUUAGGCAAAAGAAAAAGAUGGAUACCCAAAGCAGGGACAUUUAUAUAUGAGCUUAAAAGAGUUUGAAAAGACGCACUAAGGUGUUUUCAUGUAUUACACUGACAGACAGAAGACUUUCUCACCCCAACACUCGAUGAUCCUGACUCAGAAAUUAUGAAAGUGCCAUUCAGUUGUAAUGGAGCUGUAAUUAUUCAGGCGCUUGAUAAACCUGUAGAGGCAAACAGGAAUUAAUGAGCAGCAGCUAAAUGUAGGCCUCCAUGCCCCCCCAGCCUGAACACAUCUGUCUGAUCGGUGCUGGGGGGAGUUCUCUUCACAUGCAGAGGUGCUUUCCAGUGUGUGUUCUGUAUUAUAAACCGGGCUAACUCACCAUUGUCUUUCAACUGCGGUAUGGCAGCGCUCCACUGUUAAACUGUUACACUCUGAGCUCUGGUACUCGUCAGGAAAAAUGAUUUUCUGAACCAAACUCACAUACAGUAGAAUGUCCAUUUGGGGCCUGCUGGGUUUUUUUUGUUCAUUUUAGAGCCACUCUAUUUGUGAUUAAUAAAACUCACUUCUAAUAUUACCGGA